AAGACGUGUUUCUCGUUUACCUAAGCUCAGUCGAGAGUUCUCGUGUUGCUUUUUGCUUUCUCUCUUGCGUUUUGCACGCGCGUGUGAUACAGUCGCGCCAAAGAGGACAGAGUCCAGUCGAGACGCAGCGUGUUACACCACCCCCGUCGACCGUGUGCGUGCGAAUCCGACGAAUAACGGAAAAGGGAAAGGUAUAAUCGAGCGCGUAGAGGGAUCGUUUUUGUUGGUUGCUUCUUCGCGCGUCCAAGUUUCGUUAUUGUGCAAAUCCCCCCGUGCGAGAGGAGAGACACCGGGAACGUUGUCGACGCAUACCGCGAAUCAGACUCCCAGUGCAUCGUGUGUCGUGAUUUCUGCGAGAACAUUGAACUCUCUCUGUGCCCGUGUCGCGCGAUACGAUAUCGAACUGUCAUCGGUGUUCACGGUCGAAGAGAUACACGCAAGCAUCGUUGUCGGAUCCUCCGUCGAUCGUGUCGUUGACAGAUAGAACGGACAGUAUAUACCGUAUUCAGCACCUAUGGAAAGUGAUCCAUUCGAGGAUCCACCCUACAGGCGCUUCAGAAGACGAUAUUGACAGACUCGAGACGGAGAGAUAGGUGCUCUCGACGGUUUGUUGUGACACAUCGGGGUCGUCGAAUCCUCGGUCGAGUUGCCGCGUUGCUCGCGGAGCCACGUGCGUUUUCUACGGGCAAAUACGCGGCGGCGAUAGCUUGUUGGUAGUCGCGGCGACGAACAUUGGAGCGUGCGCCGUCGAAUCCCGAGGGCCACGUGUGUGCCACGAAAAUAUAUACGUUGACGCGUCGAUAGCGAGGACAGUGGCCGAUACGAUCCGAGCUACGAAGAGGUCGCAAGCAAAACGGCGUUGAAGAACAGUAACCGUCAGCUGCACCUGUUACGAGCAAGAGAUGGCGAUCCCGUUCUCGCUGCCCACCGACGACGACGCGGAGGCUCAGAGCCAGCAGCUGGAGCAGCUCAUGCUCGAUCUCUACGCCGCCCUGCAACAGGUCCUUCGAAGCAGGACCGUUCAGCAACCGUCGCGAAACCACCGAUUGCCGCGACGAGUGGGGGAGGGUUUCGGUACCCGAGAACACCCGGUGGUCCUGGUGGACUCUGACCUGUCGCGACUGCCGCUGCCGGACCUGGUGCUGUCCGCGGUGGAGCAACUUCCGGCCGCGGCGCCGCAGGUGACCGUGUCAGCGCCUAGCAGCCCGACGAGAGACGUGGCUUUCCAGUUUCCGGAGUGCAGCAGCGACGAGGCACCGGUGCCUAGUCCGAGGCCAUGGCCGCGAAGACGCAGGCUCGCGUCCGAGAGCGGCGGCGCCGUGGUCAUGAAGAAGCCACCGGUCGCCGAGCCGGCCUGCAACAAUUGCUGCGGCCGCUUCGGCCAGGCCUUCAACGAGAACCAGUGGGUGAGCGUGGGUGCAAACCUUAGGAAUAUCGCAGACGACUUCCACGCAUCCAAGACCAAGGCGGCCGAGAUCGAGAAGUCAAGACUGCCGGCGUUGAACUCCGGUUUCGCGAACUCCAACAACACCGGCGGCACCAUGGACAGCAUCCUCUCGCUGUUGAUCCCGGCGCCGCUACGCGAGACCCUGUGGACGACGGUGGCCCUCUACCUCGGUUGGAGACUGGUGUCCCGUCUUCGAUAGAUGUUACGGUUUCGUCUUGUCGUCGUCACUGGCGACGAAGGCGAUGCCAGAAGAACGAUCAUCGACGCUUGGAACGGCACCGUGGACGGGCGUCGCGGCGCCGCGUCGCCCGGUGAGCCGGCGACUGGUCCUUCCAGCACGUCGGGGAUUUCUCUUCAAGGUUGCGACGCUUACGGAGGUUCUUCCAAGACCCGCGCCGCGGUCGGAGAGAUCGAGCGCGAAACAUCAUCGUUUCAGACCGUUUCGAGUCUGCUGUUCGGUUCGAACGGUCGUCGCGGGAGGACGUCCUGUCGCAGCAACCAACAAGAUCUGCAUUACGAUUACGUAUUUUCUAUGUGUAUUACGCGUCUCGCGGUCGAGAUUGCACCGAGGCCGCUUCGUUUCUGGCCCUUCGAUUGGUGUCCUACGGUCUCUAGCGAGGACGAGGUGGACAGCGGAGGAUCCGUCGAUGGCGUCACGAACGAACGCGAUGGUUCGGACAGAGGCACGAUCGACGACGAGGACGACGAGGACGGAAGCGCGCUGGCUCCUCGCCCGUCGCAGAGUCAGAGUUACCUGAAGCCAAUUACUAUUUGAUGUUUCCUGCAGCCCCGACGAUCGCGGAGGCUCUGACCCGGCGACGGUUCCAGGCGCGAUCCUCGUCGUCGUUGUACGUCGUCCAGACUCCUUGCUCGCGGUUAUUCGCGAUACUCGGGAUCGCCGAACGAUCGAUCGACGCGCGACGCAGUCUCGUUGGGAGAAGUCCAGGUGCAUUCUCGGCCGCGGGGGCGGAAAGCUUAUCGUUCGAACCAGUUCGACACGAUACGUGUCGCCAUCCUGUCUCGCCCCACGCGGCGAAGGUAAGUCGCGCGACGAUUACCCCGGGGAAAUCGGGACUCGACGCCCGGCGAUCGGAUCGCGACACGGGCCCAGGUGAGGAUGACGGGGAGCUAAGGACGAGAUCCAAAGAGGACUUAACCCAAUAAUCAAACGACGAUCUCAUUAUGAAUAUAAAAAUAAAGAGAAUUAAAUAAAGUAGUGCGAUCUCGGGAACGGGACAAAUAGGUAGUCGUUUUUUUUUUUUAUUUUCGUUUUUUCGUCUCAGUUGCUCUCUGCGCGUCUUGUUCCGUUUUCGAUCGUUCAUUACCCCCCUGCCCGUUGUUCUUGCUCGUGGUACACCUAUCUGUCCCGUUGCCGUCGGUAGGAAGUAUAUUGACGUGCUUGUAGAUAACGCGAUUACCUAGCCGAUACUGGCAAAACACAGAACUCUGUCUGGGAUAUAAUGACGCCGUGCUAUGUCGUCUCGCGAAGUCCGGAAAAAGAAACAUUUCGAGGGGGGCGCGAAUCAGGCUAAUUCGUCGAAGCGUUCAACGGGGGAGAAAGCGAAUGUUCGAGACACAUGCCGUGGGAAACUGAUAGGAACAGACACGGUAAGGAUGAUUAAAGUGUUACGGGGAACAUAGGCGCAAGGAUUUCUUCCACGAUUGUACAACUAUCGGGAACGUUCGAUAAGUGUAAAAUGGAGUUGUAUAAUCCGUCGUAUGACGCGGUCUAGUUACGACGAUUAUUGCAACUCGUGGAAGAGACCGUUGCUUCCAUGGGCCCCGUUUGGAACGAGUUUCGAGCGAAGGGGGUCCGUUCUUGUCAGUUUUCGACGGCGAUCGGAGUCGCUGGACGCCCCGAUUGGGCCGAUAGUCGAGUCGUUUGUACAUAGAUAGCGUUUCGCGGGGAGUCUCUCACACAGUGUAUUCCAAAAAAAAAAUGAAAAAAAAAAAAUGAUGACGUAAGCGAGAAGAGAAACACGAUUGUACGCGAUCGAUGAGCAGGUAGGGAAACGGGCGAGGACACGUAAACGUUGAGAGAGGAGCGACGUAACCGUAUUGUAUAGAAGAUUUAAACUAAAAUAAUAAAAUUCAGUAAUAAGUCGACGUUUUUUAUAAUUAAAGUAGAUAAUCGAUAGGUCGAGGAUCGCAGCAUCUUAAUUGGCUAGCUGCGACUCCCGUGGACAGUUUUCGAAUGAUCUCCGGUAGCUUAGCUCUUAGUGGCGCCCUCGUCCACGAAGGACGCCUUUCACGGCACGCCGGAAACGGAGGUGGGUGGAUAUUUCAACCCUUUCUCCCGCGUGUCGCUCUUUCUCUGUCUCUGAUGCCUCCGUCUGUCGAUUCUUUCGCUUGUUUCUAAC